ACAGGGACGGCCAUGCUGCUUUUCGUUUAGCGCGUGCCAGCUCGGUGGUGUAACGUCGCCCACGUGCCGCGGGGCUUUUAUUUAUUUACGUGUGUGAAGAGAGAGAGAGAGCGAGACACACACACACACACACACACAGAGAGAGAGAGAGAGAGAGAGAGCAGACGGACAUGACGGACCACUGAGGUUUUCACGCGCUUUGGCAACUACCUCACACAAGCGAGAAGCCCCGGCCUGCUCGUUCAGGAGCUUUUCCUGACCACAUCUGCCCACAUCUGGGGGGGGGGUCUGAACGCACCGCAGCUGUUCGCGGAGACUGGCAGAGAGGGGGGACCUGGAGUAAGGGGCAGUUUUCUCUUUGCCUGUGUGAGAUACGGAGAGAGGCUUCUCGUGCUGUGGAGGAACAAACAAACAAAAAACAAUCAAACAAACCCAAGCCAAACCAACGACACCCCCCAGAGCUAGAGCUAUCGGUCCGUUACCGGAGACGAUGGUCCACUGCGCGGGCUGCGAGAGGCCGAUACUGGACAGGUUCCUGCUGAACGUGCUGGACAGAGCGUGGCACAUCAAGUGUGUGCAGUGCUGCGAGUGUAAAUGCAACCUAACGGAGAAAUGCUUCUCGAGGGAGGGAAAGCUCUACUGCAAAAACGACUUCUUUAGGCGCUUCGGCACUAAGUGUGCGGGCUGUGCUCAGGGCAUCUCCCCCAACGACCUGGUGAGGAGGGCGCGGAGCAAAGUGUUCCACCUCAACUGCUUCACCUGCAUGAUGUGCAACAAGCAGCUGUCCACGGGGGAGGAGCUCUACAUCAUCGACGAGAACAAGUUCGUGUGCAAAGACGAUUAUUUAAGCAACAGUAACGUGAAGGACACCAACCUGCUCUCGGUAACAGCCUGCAGUGACCCCAGUUUAUCGCCGGACUCGCAGGAUCCUCUGCAGGACGAUGUGAAGGACUCUGAGAUCGCCGCUCUGUCGGAUAAAGAGGCUCCCAGUAACGAGGCUGAUGAUCAGAAUCUGGGCGGGAAGCGCCGCGGCCCGCGCACCACCAUCAAGGCCAAACAGCUGGAGACCCUCAAAGCGGCGUUCGCGGCCACGCCCAAACCCACGCGCCACAUCCGGGAACAGCUGGCGCAGGAGACCGGCCUCAACAUGAGGGUCAUUCAGGUGUGGUUCCAGAACCGGCGCUCCAAAGAGCGGCGCAUGAAGCAGCUGAGCGCGCUGGGCGCGCGGAGACACGUGUUUUUCCGCAGCCCGAGGCGGAUGCGCACGCUGGUGGACCGGCUGGAGCCCGGAGAGCUGCUGCCCAACGGCGGACCCUUCUCCUACUAUGGAGAUUAUCAGAGUGAGUACUAUGGACCCGGAGGGAACUAUGACUUCUUUCCUCAGGGCCCGCCAUCCUCGCAGGCUCAGACCCCAGUGGACCUCCCCUUUGUCCCAUCGUCGGGACCGACCGGAACCCCUCUAGGGGGCAUGGACCAUCCUAUCCCUGGACACCAUCCGUCCAGUGAAGUACAGCGCUUUUCAGACAUCGUGUCCCACCACCCAGGGGACUCGCCCAGCCCGGAGCCUGGCAUCCCAGGACCCCUGCACAGUAUGUCCUCUGACGUGUUUGGCCCCAGCCCCUCUUUUACCUCACUGUCCCUCAAUGGAAGCGGAUACAGCAACCACCUCUCCCACGCCCCGUCGGAAAUGAACGAGGCCACAGUCUGGUAGCUUUGUGAAGAUGGACAUUUCUCCAGAAAGAAAUUAAGGGACAACAGAAAAGGGAGGGUGGACAGGGGACAGGGACACUGGUCACAUUCUUUGUUUUCACAUUUAUAUUUAUUAUUUUCUGCCGUUUCUUUUUCUUUUUCCUUAUGAUUUUUGCGGUGUGAGAGUAUACAGAGGUGCAGCAGAGGACGUCAUGGCCGUAGACGUUUACCUUGAUAUUGUGUUGCUGUUCGGUUCCUGUUCCUUUUUCCUCAUCAAAGUCAGAACUCGAGCACACAAAAAGACUGAUGGCUACUGUUGACCUAAUCGCUGUACGGACUGUGCUGUGAGGCUUUAGCACAGCGGCCCCCUUCCUGAAGCCCACCGGUUAAACCCUCACUCUCAAAACAAUGAUUGCCACAUAUUAACAGCAUUAGCUACUGUCAAAGACUUUAACUUUACAAAGAAACGCCCGUGGCGGCUUACCUAACGCUUACCUGCGAUGUUGACUCCAGGAAAGAUCCGAGCCGUCAGACUAAUUUAUUUAUUUGAAAGCUCCUCAGACCUCUUUGCCUUUCAAGGCUCUGCCAUAUUGACACUUAAACAACCUUUUUGACACUAAAUAUGUUUCUGGAGGCCAGGGAGGAAAAAAGUCUCUUUUUUUUCUCUAUCUGGACAUAUCCUUUUGUUUUACCAAGAAUUCCACCAAAUCUGAUGUUGGCCUUCAAAAGGCAAACAGUAAAUGUUGUAUGGAUUGUGAACCCUUUAUUUAAUGGAAGAGAACUUGAAAUGUUGUUAAAUGAAGUCUACCUUCUAAAAAUAUUUUAACGAGGGUCUGAAAGGGACUUAGAACAGUCAACUGUUUACGUAAUAUAUUUAAUUCAGGAGUUAAAAGUAUCAACCAUGUUUUAGAACCUCUUGAUCCAGAUAAAAAAGUUCCAAGCAACCAACCAAACUUUUGUAUCGACUUUAUUUAUAUUGUACGAAGAAAAACGAGUUUGCUGGGGUUGUGGUUCACUGUGCUAGUUUGUACAAGAUGUUGUUUACAAAAAAAGGGAGGAAAAAGGAAAAAAAAAAAAAACACAAGUAAGUAGACAGUUGCCAAAUAAAAACAUAGCACAAAUACUGUAAAAGUGCUUUGCACCAUUAUCUGCAGAACGUGUUGAAACAAAGUGUAAGUGUUAAAAAACCAUAAGAAGUAUUCACUUCUUAAUUUUUUUUAGUCUGCUGAAAAGAAACGUUCAUAAAUUGUUAAUAUAACAUACUUAGACCUACAAGUUUUAUUUUUGUGUCUUUAAAGGAGAAUCCAAACUAUUAAAAUCGAUGGUCAAAUGUGCAGCGAGCAGCUGCUAAUUUCUUUAAAUAUCAAAUUCUCAUGGUAUGUCUUUUAUUGUUCUAAUAAACCUAAGCUUACGUGACCUCCAGUGCAUAUUAGACCAUUCACUGUAUAAAUACGACAUGUUGAACAAAUUUGUGAGUUUUUAAUAAAAUUAGAAAAUAUGAAGUUUGGAUGCUAGAUGCUUUUCCUUGGAUUAGUAAAUAUUCUAUUUUCAGGACUAUCUACAGUACAUAUCAGAAACACCCAAUUAGGCAUUCUUUAUUUCUUCUGCUGACAUUGGCAUUGGGCCAGUACAUGUAUUUGAAGUUUCAUUCCUCAUCUUGUUAAUCAUGUUCCAUUAUUUCACUGAUUAGGUAUAGAAAUGAAAGACCUACAUUUCUUAAGAUGAACUGGACAUAGCUCUUUUGUGGGUUACCAUGUCUUCUAUGCAUAAAGCUUAGACAAUGGCUGGUAGCACAUCCACAUUUACGUAGAGGUCAGAUUUAUUAGAGCGACUUUUGUGAGUCCUGUGGUUGUUUAAUAAGGUGAGAUGGUGAGAAUUACUGUUUUUUAUGUUACCAUACUAGCCAGUCAGAGCAUGAUUUGCUUCUAGAAGUAAAAGUUAUA